AUGGUCGAAAAAUACGAAGCGAUGUUCCGCUCUGCGGAAAUGAGUUUGGUCCAACUUUACAUUCCUCAAGAGAUUGGUAGGGACUCGGUCUACAGCUUAGGAGACCAAGGACUGGUUCAGUUUAGAGAUCUCAACACGAAGAUUCGUGCGUUCCAAAGGACUUUUGUGCCUGAAGUGAGACGUCUGGACAAUUUGCAAAGACAGUACAGAUACUUUUACAAACUUUUGCGCGAACAUGAUAUCAAGAUUUUUGAAGAGAGCGAGGAAGAUACUCCCAGAGGAGUGUUUCGUAUCGCCCCCAGUACGUCUCAGAUUGAUGACCACGUCGAAAAUGGCUCUUUGAUCGAAGAACGUUUGCAACAGCUGGUGGAAGCCAGCGAACAGCUGGAAUUACAGAAAUCGGACUUGGAACAGUUUCGCCAUGUUUUGCAGGCCGGUGAUGAGUUUUUUGCCAAUGCUACGGGUCUCACCCAUACUGAGUCGCAAGACGAAAGUAUUCCCACCUCGGUUUCGUUCGUCACAGGUACGAUUCCACGUGCAAAAGCUGGAACUUUGGAGCAAAUUUUAUGGAGAGUCUUGAGAGGUAACCUCUUUUUCAAGCAUGUUCAAUUGCCCGAGCCAUUGUACGAUGCCAAGGCCAGGACAACAGUGCUUAAGGAUGCGUUUAUCGUGUUUUCUCACGGUGACCUCAUUUUGCAAAGAGUAAAGAAGGUCGCCGAAUCUUUGGACGCUAAUCUUUACGACAUCAGUGAUGACCAUGGUGCUCGGUCGAAGCAACUGCAAGAAAUCAACUCCCGCCUUGCUGAUGUCUACACUGUCUUGGAAACCACCAACACUACUUUGGAAACUGAGCUGUACGCUAUUUCCAAAGAGUUGCAAGCCUGGAACACGGACAUUGCUCGUGAGAAAGCUGUUUUUGAAACUUUGAAUCUUUUUGACUACGAUUCGAACCGUAAGACUUUGAUUGGUGAAGGUUGGGUGCCCAAGGAUGAAUUGAGCAACUUACAAGGACAAUUGGCCAGGCUCACCACCUCGUUGGGAGUGGAUGUUCCCUCUAUCAUCCAAGUUUUGGACACAAACAAAAGUCCCCCCACGUUUCACAGAACAAACAAGUUCACGGAGGCCUUUCAGAACAUUGUCGAUUGUUACGGUAUAGCGACUUACCGCGAAGUGAACGCCGGCUUGCCCACCAUUGUCACUUUUCCUUUUAUGUUUGCCGUCAUGUUCGGUGAUAUGGGACAUGGUAUGUUGAUGGCAAUGGUGGCAGCGUUGUUGGUCUUUUAUGAAGUGCCUCUUGGUAAGAUGAAGAGGGACGAAAUUUUUGACAUGGCUUACUCCGGACGUUACAUCCUUCUAUUGAUGGGCUUAUUCUCCAUCUACACCGGUUUCUUAUACAACGAUAUGUUCUCCAAGUCCUUGACUUUGUUCAAGUCUGGUUGGAAAUGGCCCUCCCACUGGGAAGAGGGCGAACCCAUCGAGGCUAUCUCCGUUGGUACUUACGCUUUCGGUUUAGACUGGAUGUGGCAUGGUACUGAUAAUGCUCUACUUUUCAGCAAUUCUUACAAAAUGAAACUGUCCGUUUUGCUUGGUUUCAUUCAUAUGACUUAUUCGUACAUGUUCGCGUUGGUGAACGCUCUUCACUUUAAUAAGUGGAUUGAUAUCAUCGGAAAUUUCAUUCCAGGGCUCUUGUUCAUGCAGGGAAUAUUUGGAUAUUUGUCCAUUUGUAUUGUUUACAAGUGGACAAUUGAUUGGGUCAAAGAAGAACGAGUCGCUCCUGGUCUCUUGAACACCUUGAUCAACAUGUUUUUAUCGCCAGGAAACGUGGAAGAAGAACUAUACCCUCAUCAGGCAAAGGUCCAAGUUUUCUUAUUAAUUGUUGCCCUAAUUUGUAUCCCAUGCUUGCUUCUAAUCAAGCCUAUUCACUUCAAGCUCACCCACUCCGAUAAUGGUUACGAAGCUGUUGGCACGAACGAAGGCGAUGAGGUCAACACUGCUGAGCAUAACGCUGCUAAAAACGGCGCUGACCAAGAUGAAGAAGAAGAAGGUGGUCAUGGUGAAGAGUUUGGCGAUGUUGUUAUUCACCAAGUCAUCCACACUAUUGAAUUCUGCUUGAAUACUGUUUCUCACACUGCAUCCUACUUGCGUCUAUGGGCUCUAUCUCUUGCGCACGCUCAGCUUUCUACCGUUUUGUGGACUAUGACUAUUCAAAUUUCAUUCGGCAUGACCGGCGUAGUCGGUGUGAUCAUGACGGUUGUUUUGUUUACCAUGUGGUUCGUCCUCACCUGCGUCAUCUUAGUCUUGAUGGAAGGUACUUCGGCAAUGUUGCAUUCCUUGCGUUUGCACUGGGUUGAAUCUAUGUCGAAGUUUUUCGAAGGUGAAGGUACGCCAUACACUCCAUUCAAAUUUGAGCCUGUUGAUGUAGAAUCCAUGGAACAAGCAUAA